AAUCUUUUUUUUAAAAUUUAAUACAAUGGUCAGCAGAUUGAGAAAGUGUAGAAAAAUGAGAGGACAUGUAUGCCAUGGUUACGGUAGAGUUGGCAAACACAGAAAACAUCCAAGUGGUAGAGGUGUUUCAGGAGGUUUGACACAUCAUAGGAUCAAUUUCAAUAAAUACCAUCCAGGUUAUUUCCAAAAAACCGGUAUGAGACAUUUCCAUUUGAAAAAAAACACACUCCACAGACCUGUAGUCAAUAUUGACAAAUUAUGGUCACUUGUCACUGAUGAAACCAGAGAAAAAUAUGCUAAAUCAAAGGACAAAGCUGCUGUUAUUGAUGUCACCAAAGCUGGUUAUUUCAAAGUCCUAGGAAAAGGUAGACUUCCAAAUUAACCAGUCGUUGUCAAAGCUAAGUUCUUUAGCAAAACUGCAGAGAGAAGAAUCAAAGCAGUUGGAGGAGCAUGCAUACUUGUAGCUUGAUACAUUACACAUUACAAUAUAAAUCAUAAAUAUUUCAUUUUUGCAAA